AAUGAGAAGGACCAUUCAAAGUCAAAUGUCCAUGUUCAGCUUGUCGGUGACAAAGUGGUAAAGGCACCAGUGUUCAGAAGUAUGUUUAGCAGCUUGAUCCAUUUCCCAGGCUACAGCCUGCGCUUGGAGGGCAAAGAUCCAUUGAUUGACCAAGGAUGGAGAGGGAGGGCUCAGCAGAGCUCACAGGCUCUCAAGCAGCUUGCUGUAGCUCAGUCUUCUCUUCAAAUACCUCAAAUUGUGUAUGAAGAUCCUGAAGUCAGUGGAAGGAAUCGCUACAAAUAUUUUGCACGACCCCUCAUCCCUUCUAAUAAGCUGUUUCCACUGAACAUUGCUUAUGCAAUGGCAAAGACAGAGACGUAUGUCCAUUCAGCUACAAGGGACAGCAAGGCCUUUGGUCCCAAGUUACGAACUUUGGGCACACAGACAGAUUACAGGGAUGGUGAAGCCCAGACGGAUCCCUAUUCCCCUGAAUAUGUAGUUUCCAGUGGCUCAGUCCCUGAGCUUCUGACACUUGCUACACUCACUUGGGGUCGGGGGCUACCAGCAGGACUAGCCGAGGUGGAGAUGAUUGAACGUGCCCGGGAAAAACGUGCAUGGGAAGCAACUCUUCCAGCCAUGGACAAUGCCUUACAAAUCGUGAAGAGGAGGAAAAUGAUGGAUGAUAUGGAGAGGAAGGAGUGGGCCUUUAGAGAACAGGAAAUAGAAAAGUUGCAGGAGGUUCGACUAGAAGUCUUAAAGAAGCUGCUGUGGAGGCGAGAGGAGAAUCGGAAUGAGCUGGAUGCCAAACGCUUAGAUAGCCACUGGCAAAAUCAUCAGAAGGCUAAAGAAGAGAAAAUAAAAAAGAUUCAGCAUGACUGUGCACUGAUGCUCAGGAAACUGAUAGCUAAGAGGAAGAAUGUGAUGGGGAAGCUGGAGAGACGAGAUAUCAUCAAAGAGUAUACUGACUUUGCAUCACAAACAUACGCUCCUUUGUCUAGAAUUGGUUAUUUCCCAGAUAACCGUUCUGAACGCUAUGUGGUAAAAAACUUCUAUCUUAACACCUUUGCAGGACUCUGUGAACUGGAAGCAUCUCUCCCAGAUUCUGUCACCCAGGUCAAGAUUAAAGCUCCAAAACCUAAGUGCACCACUACUAAGACUGGAUUUAUUAAAAGAUCGGCAAGGCUGGAGGUGGAGCUAGCACAAGUUCACCAGGCACUACUGGAGAAGAAAAAUGAAGUCAAGGAGCCAAAGAAGCCCCUCCGUUUCCUUCAAAAAGUAGAAAAGCCCAUUCCUCGGCCACCCACCCCAAUCCUGGAAAAACCAUCGAUUGAGGAAGAGGAAACAGAACUGGCCGUGAUCUGUCUGCAGCAGUUGCUCCGAGGGAGAGCUAUUCAGAACAUG